ACAAGUGGGCCCGGCCGAGACGGAAUGAGAAAAUCCUAGGGUUCGUUCCCUCUUCCCAAUCCGGCGGCAGCCAGCGAGCGAGAGGAGAGGGGGGAAACCAUGCCCGCGUUCUCCAGGGCUCGAGGCGCCGUCCUCCGCGUCCUCGAUGGCUUGAAGCGCCGUCCUCCGGCGAGCGGGGCGGCGGAUACUAUGAGCCCAGUCAGGAAGAUCCAGAUGCUUGAAGAGGAGCUUCGUCCGUCCGGGGGAGAAAUCUCACGAAUUCUCCAACGCGCGCGCGCCCACUUGGAAAGACAAGAGGAGAAAUUUGAUCCUAGCUCACAGACGCCGGAGUUGUUCCGUAAUGGUGCAGGUUGGCAAUUAAACACCUUCUUUCUAUGCCUUUUCUCAUCAAUCAUUGCCAACUACAAGUACAAUAAGGUUGAUUGAGCUGUCCUUGCGUUGUGGAGGAUGUAGCCGAGACGGACCACUGGUAUUUGCCCCUCAGUAAAAUUUGCCUCAGUAAAUGACUAGUGUAUGGUUGUUUUCAUGAUUUGGGAUUGAAAUUACUCCUGGCCGGUUGUUUAAAUUGCACCAUGACGUGUGCUCUGUGACUUAAGUAGCUGAGUACCAAUGGAAUUGUCUAGUUACCAUGUUGUGGAAUUGUCUCGUUAUAAAUUGUUAUGCAACUGGCGAUUCACAAA